AUGAAACCUCCCCCUGGAUUCAUUCCUUCUGAUCCCACCAAAGUUUUGAAAUUAAAGAAGUCAUUGUAUGGUCUUAAGCAAGCCUCUAGACAGUGGCAUGCUAAGCUUUCUACAGCAUUAAAAUCAAAGGGCUAUAUUCAAUCCAAGAAUGAUUAUUCCCUUUUUUACAAAGAUAUAGGCAAGCAUAUUAUAUUUGUAGCAGUCUAUGUGGAUGACAUUUUGCUCACUGGCAAUCAUUUGGAGGAAAUGAAUGAUCUGAAAGCCUACCUGCAUUCUACCUUCAAGAUCAAAGAUUUGGGUUCUUUACAUUAUUUUCUUGGCAUAGAAAUCUUAGAAACAUCUCAUGGUGUGAUCAUGACACAAAGAAAAUUUGCAGCAGAAUUAUUAAAGGAAUUUGAUCACCUCAACGCCACUCCUGCACAUUGUCCUUUGGAACCUAGACUGCAAUUGAGACCUGAUUCUGGCAAGCCUAUUACAGAUCCUAGCCUAUACAGAAAAUUGGUUGGAAAGUUGAAUUACUUGACUAAUACAAGGCCUGAUCUUGCCUAUGUCGUACAGUUUUUAAGUCAGUUCUUGCAAGAUCCAAGAGAACCUCACUGGCAAGCUGCUCUGCAUACUUUAAGAUAUUUGAGUAAGGAUUAUACUAAAGGCAUUUAUCUCAAUGCAUCUACUGAUUUGAACCUUGAAGCUUAUUGUGACUCAGAUUGGGCUUCCUGUCCCAACACCAGGAGGUCUGUCAGUGGCUAUUUUAUCCUUCUAGGUGGUAGUCCUAUUUCAUGGAAGAGCAAGAAGCAAGCUACUGUUUCUUUAAGCUCAGCAGAGACUGAAUAUAGGUCAAUGCGCAGGGUUACAACAGAACUUGCAUGGCUUACCAGGUUGUUAUAUGAAUUCACUGUGCCUACUGUUGUUCCUAUGCCUCUCAAAUGUGAUAGUCAGGCUGCUAUCUACAUUGCCAGGAACCCAGUCUAUCACGAGCGCACUAAACAUAUUGCUCUUGAUUGCCAUUUCGUGCGAGAAAAGUUGUAG